AUGGAACAAUUAGUAACUAUAUGUUUUAAAUUAUAUAGUGACUCCUUUGAUGAAAAUGAUUUAAUUUCACUUCAAGUAUUAAUUGAAUCGUUUAAUGCAAAAGUAAAUUUAAUUACUGAAACAGAAAUAACGAAUUUCCACUUGGAUGAACAAUAUGAAAGGGUUACCAAAUUAAACAUGGUGAAAUUUUUUAAAUUAAAAAGUAUUGAACCUGAAAAUAAUUUAGAUAACAUAAAAAUUAAAUUAGAUUCAUUAUUUCAAAAUUAUAAAAAUUUAACUUUUCACUCAUCAAUUAAAAAUAAUAAAGAAAUAUACAAUGUUGGUGAUGCAGUUGAAGUUGCAUCAUAUAAUGAACUUUCAGGUAGAUGGUCAGGUAUUAUCAAUUCAAUAUCAAUGAUUGAAAUGGAUGAUAACUAG